GAGCUUUUCCCAAGAAAUAAAAAUGUCCCCAGAUUCAGCCGCUUCUUCCUCUUCCCCAGCCACGAGACUCUCCUCCAGUGCUUUUAAAAUUCACAAUGUCUGCCGCCUUCUAACCAGGAGAUCUCACGGAUUUUAUACAAAAGAUGCAGGUGUCGCCCACAGAAAAAACCUGGGAAUCCUAAGAAAGCUAGUGUGUCAGGAAAGUACUAAAUUCAAGAAUGUUUGGACAACUCAUUCCACAUCUCCUAUUGCUUAUGAGCGUGGAAGAAUUUAUUUUGACAAUUACCGGUGCUGUGUGAGCAGCAUUGCACGAGAGCCAAGAAUACUUUAUCAACUGGCAGCAUGUUCUAAAUCAGAAAAAAUAGAGGAUGCAUUAUUAUUGGAAUGCCCGUUGGGGGAAACGCUUCCCAGUCCACCAGACUAUAAAUCUUCUCUUGCAGUUCUGACUGCUCAUAACUGGCUCCUUCGUCUCUCUGCUAAUACUGGAGAAAUACUGGAAAAAAUAUACCUUCCACCCUACUGCAAAUUCAGGUAUCUGAGCUGGGACACUCCUCAGGAGAUUAUGGUUGUCAAGUCAGCUCAGCAUAAAUUUACAGCAGCAGCACAGCAGGCAGGCAUUCAGCAGUCUGUGCUAUUCUUUCUUGCUGUAUUCAGAGUUCUACCUCUGAAAUUUAUUGGAAUGCUGGAGAUAAACAAAAAAAUAUUUGGGAACAAUGUAACAGAUGUCGCUUUUUCUCAUGGAAUGCUGAUUGUGAUGUCUAGCGUGGGUCUGGUCAGGCUCUAUAGCUUCCAGUCUAUCUCUGAGCAGUUCACAGAGCAGCAAUUUGAUUUGGGAUGCAAAUGCAACUGGAAUGGUAAAGUUGGAAUUGUAGGAAAGUAUCCAUUUGGACUUCCUUGUAACAUUAAAAUAACAGAUACCCCACCUUUGCUAUUUGAAGUGUCUUCCCUGGAGAACUCAUUUCAAAUUGGAGGAUACCCUUGGCAUUACAUCAUCACACCUAACAAGAAAAAGCAUAAAGGAGUCUUCCAUAUUUGUGCUCUGAAAGACAAUGCUUUGGCAAAAAAUGGAAUACAGGAUAUGAAGUGCUGUUCAUUAGAACCCGACUGGAUAUAUUUCCAUCCAGAUACUUCAGGCAGAAUAAUCCACGUGGGACCAAAUUUGAUAAAAAUAUUGAAGCUGAAGGAAAUUGAAAAUAAUAAAUACCAACAAGAAAUUGCAGAAGAUUUUGUCAUCAUGGCCAACAGGCAGAACAAUGUGAACAACUCAGUAACUAUAACUGCUUCUGGCCGAGUAGUGAAAAAGCGUUUUAACCUGCUGGAUGAUGACCCAGAACAAGAGACUUUCAAAAUUGUGGACUAUGAAGAUGAGCUGGAUUUGUUAUCCGUUGUGGCAGUUACUCAGAUAGGAGCUGAUGGGAAAGCUCACCUUGACUUGCACUGUAAUGAACAUGGGAUUCUACUUAAGAGUAUUCCAUUAGUGGAAUCUUGGGAUGUGACUUACAAUCACGAAGUUUACUUUGACAGAGACAUUGUGUUACAUAUAGAACAAAAGCCUAACAGGAUCUUCAUCUGUUAUCUUUACCAAAUGGUCUGUGAUAGUGCAGAGGAAGAUGAACAUUCAAGCCUUGAAAAAGUGGAGAGAGUUUUUUGUAAAAAAGGGGGGAGAAUUUUUGAAUGUUUUUAAGAGAGAAAGACUUCUGCAUAGACUUCACUCUACACAAUAUCCAUGGACUUUGUCUCUUUGGACUAGUCAAAUAUUAUGUUUCAACCACUGUGUGUUAAAAUGUAUAUUUUGAGCUUAAGUAUUUGUAUUACUGUCAGGGUUUUUUAAUUUCUCUUUUGCAUAUAAAGAUAGUUGUAUGUAUUUUCAUAGACCACAAUUUAACUUCAUUUAUUUACCUUUUACUUUUGCUACUGAUUAUGAUAUUGUAACACAAAUAAUGAUCAGAUUUGUUGCCCUUGUCCACCAA